AUGGCGAAUGUCAACACAAAAGAGAUGCCAAAAAUCAAACAUGUCCUGCUGGGGAGAGAACUGCCACCGCCGCUGGGGGCCACGAGUAGGACCAAGCGGUUUGUGUCUGAGGCUCGCUUCGUGGAAACGCUGCUGGUGGCCGACGCGUCCAUGGCUGCCUUCUACGGGGACGACCUGCAGAACCACGUACUGACACUGAUGUCGGUGGCAGCCCGAAUCUACAAGCACCCCAGCAUCAGGAAUUCCAUCCACCUGAUGGUGGUCAAAGUGCUUAUUGUGGAAGACGAAAAGCAGGGCCCAGAGGUGUCCGACAACGGGGGGCUUACGCUGCGCAACUUCUGCAACUGGCAGCAGCGUUUCAACCAGCCCAGUGAUCGCCACCCGGAGCACUACGACACGGCCAUCCUGCUCACCAGACAGAACUUCUGUGGGAAGGAGGGACUGUGUGACACCCUGGGCGUGGCGGACAUCGGCACAAUCUGUGACCCCAACAAGAGCUGCUCCGUGAUCGAGGAUGAGGGGCUCCAGGCAGCCUACACUCUGGCCCACGAACUAGGGCACGUCCUCAGCAUGCCCCAUGACGACUCCAAGCCGUGCACACGGCUCUUUGGGCCCCUGGGCAAACACCACAUGAUGGCACCACUCUUCGUACAGCUAAACAGGACACUGCCCUGGUCUCCCUGCAGCGCCAUGUACCUCACAGAGCUCCUGGACAGUGGGCACGGAGACUGCCUCCUGGACGCCCCCGCCUCGGCCCUGCCCCUCCCCACAGACCUCCCGGGCCGCAAGGCCCUCUACGAGCUGGACCAACAGUGUAAGCAGAUCUUUGGGCCGGGCUUCCGCCACUGCCCCAACACCUCUGCACAGGACAUCUGUGCCCAACUCUGGUGCCACACCGACAGUGCUGAGCCCCUCUGCCACACCAAGAAUGGGAGCCUGCCCUGGGCUGAUGGCACGCCUUGUGGGCCCGGGCACCUGUGCUGGGAUGGCAGCUGUCUGCCUGAGGAGGAAGUGGAGAGGCCCAAGGCUGUGGUAGAUGGAGGCUGGGCCCCAUGGGGACCCUGGGGAGAAUGUUCCCGGACCUGCGGCGGUGGAGUGCAGUUUUCACACCGUGAGUGCAAGGACCCUGAGCCCCAGAAUGGAGGAAGGUACUGCCUGGGUCGGAGAGCCAAGUACCAGUCAUGUCACACGGAGGAAUGCCCCCCUGAUGGGAAGAGCUUCAGGGAGCAGCAGUGUGAGAAGUACAACGCCUACAACUACACCGACAUGGACGGGAAUCUCCUGCAGUGGGUCCCUAAGUACUCAGGGGUGUCCCCCCGAGACCGCUGCAAGUUGUUCUGCCGAGCCCGGGGAAGGAGCGAGUUCAAAGUGUUUGAAGCCAAGGUGAUCGACGGUACCCUGUGUGGGCCGGAGACGCUGGCCAUCUGCGUCCGUGGCCAGUGUGUCAAGGCGGGCUGUGACCACGUGGUGGACUCAGCUAGGAAGCUGGACAAGUGUGGGGUGUGUGGGGGCAAAGGCACCUCAUGCAGGAAGGUGUCCGGCUCCCUCACCCCCUCCAGUUAUGGCUACAAUGACAUCGUCACCAUCCCAGCUGGUGCCACUAACAUUGAUGUGAAACAGAGGAGUCACCCAGGCGUCCAGAAUGAUGGCAACUACCUGGCCCUGAAGACUGCCGAUGGGCGGUAUCUGCUGAAUGGCAACCUGGCCAUCUCUGCCAUAGAGCAGGACAUCUUGGUGAAGGGGACCAUCCUGAAGUACAGUGGUUCCAUUGCCACCCUGGAACGGCUGCAGAGCUUCCGGCCCCUACCUGAGCCUCUGACCGUGCAGCUCCUGACAGUCCCUGGUGAGGUCUUCCCCCCCAAAGUCAAAUAUACCUUCUUUGUUCCUAAUGAUGUGGACUUUAGCACACAGAACAACAGCAGAGAGAGAGCAACCACCAACAUCAUCCAGCCGCUGCUCCACACGCAGUGGGUGCUGGGGGACUGGUCUGAGUGCUCAGGUACCUGCGGGGCCAGCUGGCAGCGGCGGUCUGUGGAGUGCAGGGACCCCUCUGGCCAGGCCUCUGCCACCUGCGACAAGGCUCUAAAACCUGAGGAUGCCAAGCCCUGUGAGAGCCAGCCAUGUCCCCUGUGAUCCAGCGGGGCAGGGACUGGUAUUGUGCUUGUGAACCGUGGGUGCUGGGGUGCAGCAAGGAUCUCCACUGUGGUGACCCUAGUAUCAAGGUGGCAUGGCCUCCCCAGAUCGCCCAUUGCCUCAGUUCCCGGGUACUGCAUGAAUUCAUAAGGGGGAGGAAAAGAGGGGACAGGGACGACAGAUCUUAAAGUUGACUGUCUAGUGGACUGGACCUUGCUUGGGUUCAAGUAGAGGACAUAGGUUAAAAGGUAAAAGUGCACUUAUUGACCCAAACAGGAGACUCACAGUCAGCCUGUUUGCAAAGGACUAGCAAAGUUAAAUGAAAAAAGUUCUUUUCUACUUGGUUUCCCCGAUAAAUAAUCUACCUCAGAGGGGAAAAAAUUAGUACAAGAGAGAUGCUGAGCGGGGAGUGGGUAGUGAAUGUGAAAGCAAGCUCUGUAGCCCCGCCCGACUGUCUUCAGUGCUACAAUCCACCGCCUAAGGGCUGCAGCUUUGCCGGGUUGU